AUGGGGCAGGAUGCUCUCAUGGAGCCCCUCAGCAGCAUUGUUGGGAUCUUUCUUUGCAAAAUAUACUUUCUUCUUAUAGCAGGUGUUUGUUCGGGGCUGAAGGUGACUGUGCCUUCACACACCGUCCAUGGCAUCAGGGGACAGGCCCUCUACCUCCCCGUGCACUAUGGCUUCCACACUCCAGCAUCUGGCAUCCAGAUCAUAUGGCUGUUUGAAAGAUCCCACAUGAUGCCCAAAUACUUGCUGGGCUCUGUGAAUGAGUCUGUGGUUCCCGACUUGGAAUACCAGCACAAGUUCACCAUGAUGCCACCCAAUGCCUCUCUCCUCAUCAAUCCGCUGCAGUUCACUGAUGAGGGCAAUUAUAUUGUGAAGGUCAACAUCCAGGGAAAUGGAACCCUGUCCUCAAGUCAGAAGAUACAAGUCACUGUUGAUGAUCCUGUCAUGAAGCCAGUGGUUCAGUUCCAUCCUCCUUCUGGGGCUGUGGAGUAUGUGGGCAACAUCACCUUGACCUGCCAGGUGGAAGGGGGUACCAGACUAGUUUACCAGUGGCGAAAAAAUGGGAAGCCUGUUUGCAGCAACUCCAACCAUUCGUUUUCUCCCCAAAACAACACCCUUCGGAUUGUUCCGGUGACAAAGGAGGACAUUGGGAACUACAGCUGCCUUGUGUCAAAUCCUGUCAGUGAGAUGGAAAGUGACAUCAUUAUGCCCACCAUAUAUUAUGGACCCUAUGGACUUCAAGUUAAUUCUGACAAAGGGCUAAAAGUGGGAGAAGUGUUCACUGUUGACCUAGGAGAAGCCAUCCUGUUUGAUUGUUCUGCUGAUUCUUAUCCCCCCAACACCUACUCCUGGAUCCGAAGGUCAGACAAUACAACGUAUGUCAUUAAACAUGGGCCUCGUUUAGAAGUUGCCUCUGAGAAAGUGGCCCAGAAGACCACUGACUAUGUGUGCUGUGCUUACAACAACGUAACCGGAAGGCGUGAUGAAACGCAUUUCACCAUCAUCAUCACUUCCGUAGGGCUGGAGAAGCUUGCACAAAAAGGAAAAUCACUGUCCCCAUUAGCAAGUAUCACUGGAAUAUCGCUGUUUUUGAUUAUAUCCAUGUGUCUUCUUUUUCUGUGGAAAAAAUAUCAACCGUACAAAGCUAUAAGGCAGAAGCUAGAAGGCAGACCAGAGUCAGAAUACAGAAAAGCUCAAACCUUUUCAGGCCAUGAAGAUGCUCUGGGUGACUUCGGAAUAUAUGAAUUUGUGGCUUUUCCAGAUGCAUCUGGUAUUUCCAGGAUGCCAAGUAGGCCUGCCCCAGCCUCUGAUGGUGUGACAGGGCAAGAGUUUCACGGAACCAUUUAUGAAGUUAUUCAGCACAUCCCUGCCCAACAAGGCAAUCCGGAGUAA